CUCUCUCACCAUCACCACCAUCACCACCAACACCACCAACACCACCACGACCAUCACCUACUCCGCAUUGUCGAGCUCGUGAACAUCGUAUCGAUAGCAAUCUGGUGAUCACUCCGACGAGAUCUGCUCAAGAUGUUUAAAUAUCGGCAGAAACGGCAAGAAAGGAAAUGCACUUAUUGGUUAGCGUCUGCGCUCUCAUAUUGAUCUGCUGCCCGGUCUGACGUCGAGCGCACGAGUCUACGGGUGGGACCUCGACAACGCCUCCCAAAAAUGUAUUUUUUUUUGAGCUUUGCACGAUUCAUCCUUAUAUCGUCGAUACUCUGUAUCGGUCUCUGCUCCGAAGAUGAGGAGAGGUUGGUACGAGAUCUCUUUAGAGGGUAUAACAAGCUGAUCAGACCUGUCCAAAAUAUGACGGAGAAGGUGCACGUCAAAUUUGGACUUGCCUUCGUUCAGCUUAUCAACGUGAAUGAGAAAAAUCAGAUCAUGAAGUCGAACGUAUGGUUGAGAUUCGUAUGGAUGGAUUAUCAAUUGCAAUGGGACGAAGCGGAUUAUGGUGGCAUUGGAGUACUCAGGUUACCGCCCGAUAAAGUAUGGAAGCCGGAUAUAGUAUUGUUCAACAAUGCCGAUGGUAAUUACGAGGUACGUUACAAAAGUAACGUUUUGAUUUAUCCUAACGGCGAAGUACUUUGGGUACCACCAGCGAUCUAUCAAAGUUCUUGCACUAUCGACGUCACCUAUUUUCCGUUCGAUCAACAAACAUGUAUUAUGAAGUUCGGUUCGUGGACAUUCAAUGGCGAUCAGGUAUCCUUAGCUCUUUACAACGACAAAAGCUUCGUCGACCUCUCAGAUUACUGGAAAAGCGGUACCUGGGAUAUAAUCAGUGUGCCAGCUUACUUGAAUACCUAUCAGAGCGAGUUACCAACCGAAACCGAUAUCACGUUCUACAUCAUAAUACGACGAAAAACGCUCUUCUAUACAGUGAAUUUGAUCUUGCCUACAGUUCUGAUCUCCUUUCUUUGCGUUUUGGUCUUUUACUUACCUGCGGAAGCUGGUGAAAAGGUGACACUGGGUAUAAGUAUUCUCUUAUCAUUGGUUGUGUUCCUCUUGCUGGUUAGCAAGAUCCUACCACCCACGUCUCUCGUAUUACCGCUGAUAGCCAAGUAUCUUCUUUUUACUUUCAUCAUGAAUACCGUUAGUAUCCUGGUAACCGUGAUCAUUAUAAAUUGGAAUUUCCGUGGGCCACGUACUCACAGGAUGCCGCAAAUGAUACGAAGACUCUUUCUAAAGUAUCUACCGAGGAUUCUUUUGAUGCGACGACCGAAAAAGACGCGUCUCAGAUGGAUGAUGGAGAACCCAAGCGUAACCAUGCCAUCCUCGACUUAUUCCGGUAGCCCUACGGAAUUGCCAAAACAUCUGCCAUCCUCUUUGACGAAGAGUAAGAUGGAAGUGAUGGAGUUAUCCGAUCUACAUCAUCCAAAUUGUAAGAUCAAUCGUAAGGUUCAUCAUACGACAAGCGGCUCGAGCGCAGCAGGUGCUGGUGAAGCUCUUGGCGACAGAAGAGGAUCCGAAAGUUCUGAUUCUAUUCUUCUAAGUCCUGAAGCUAGCAAGGCUACCGAGGCAGUCGAAUUCAUUGCUGAGCAUCUUAGAAACGAAGACUUGUAUAUACAGACAAGGGAAGAUUGGAAAUACGUCGCGAUGGUGAUAGAUCGAUUACAGCUUUACACCUUCUUCUUAGUCACCACAGCUGGCACCAUAGGGAUUCUGAUGGACGCACCCCAUAUUUUCGAGUAUGUGGACCAGGAUCAUAUUAUAGAGAUUUAUCGCGGCAAAUAAUUGCUUUAUUCAUUCUGUCGUAUAUUUGUCUUCGCCGACUUUCGACGAUCAUCAACGACGAAGAAAAUCCUAUUUUACCAUCAAACGCGUAUUUGAUCGCUAAGAUGUUCUGUCUAAUAUUUCUAGAAAAUGCGAAAAUGUGAAAUAAUCAUAUAACGGGCGUUCGCCUAAUUUUCGUACGAACGAUGGCAUACGAAUUCGUGAUGAGAUGGUCUCAUUGAGAUUACGGGACGAACACUCGUAUUGUUUGUUAGGAGGUCCAAAAAAUUUCAUCGAGAGUGCUCUCUCGUUUUUUUCUUUAAAAUAAACAGAAUUACGAAGCCAAUAUAACUGCUCUAAGGAGUCUUAUUAAACCAAACGGCAAUAUAUACAUACAUAUAUAUACGGCAAUUUUUUAAUUAGACGCUCGCUUCUUUUCUUUAUGCUAAUCAUUCUAACAGUAAUACAAGGAUACAAGUGAUAGAGGCUUAAGAAUCUGUUUUUUUUUUCUUUCUUCUUUUUUCUCUUUUAUUUCUCUUUUCUUUUUUAACAUCUCUAAGAAUUAAAGCGAAAAUCCAUUAACGAUUAUCUCUUAGAUAUUCGUUGAUCAUGGAUCGAGAGUGAAAAUGCGGAAUAUUGAUUACGAAGAAUGACAAUUUUCAAGGAGAAAAAAAAUAUCUUAAAAAAAUAUUUAUUGUAGUUACCUCUACUGUUAUCGUCUUCCCUAAAUGCUACUGAUCUUUCAUACGUUUCGUCCCGCGAACUUGAGGAAUCGAAUCAGAAGUAAAAAAAAAAAAAAAUUAAACGAUGUUUGUUGAUGUUUAUCUUCUGUCUUUCUCGAUUGCCUCUGUUUUUUGUCAUUCAGAGGACACCUUGAAACAGGAACGCAUUAGUAUCUCGUCGUCAAAAUAUAAUUUUUCAAAUAUAUAUUAUAAUAAGCGUAUAAUAUGUAAUAUCUAACGAUAAAACGAUAUAUUUUCUAUGUCGUUGAACCAAUUUUGUUGCAUCGAUUUCAUCAUUAUAAAGAAGAAUGAAGGAAACUAAGAAACGAUAUUUAAAUUAAAUUUUGACUCGUACGUAUAACGUAAUGACGAAAUCGUAUCCGAAUGAAAUGAAACAUAACUUUUAUCAAAUAGACGAGCCAAGAAAGACGAAUGAAUUUGAAGCGUAAUGUUUAGUAAUUAAUUGAUAGAAAUAGAAAGGAAAAUAUAAAUGGUGGACGUGAAGAGAUUGAUUAUAUUAUUCGUCGAUAAUGUGCUGAUCGAAACAGACCAUACUAAAUAGCUUUAUAAACGCACACAUUAGAAGCACAAUGUCACGACCCUGCGUACUUUUAUUUGUCGUUAAAAUAUCGUACGUAUUCGUACAAAUAUAUACUACUCUUACAUAUAAACCGUAAUAAUCGCAUCCAUAUUGUACAGAAGAUUGUUAAACGGUCAUGUUUUCUCUAAUAGAAUGUUCGUCCCUCGUAAAGAAAGAAAGAAAGAAAGAAAGAAAGAAAAAAAGAAAGAAAAAAGGAUGAAGAGGAAUGAAUGAAUGAAUGAAUGAAAAAGAAGAAGAAGAAGAAGAAGAAGAAGAAGAAGAAGAAGAAGGAAAAGAAAUGUUCAAGUCGUUGAUUUUAUCGGAUAUGUUAUAGCUUCUCUGGUGCCUCGAAAUUUAUCCCGUUUUCUAUAUCGAUAACGAUAUAGAAAAAAGAGAAGAGAAAAAUAAGAAAAACUUUUUGUAAAUAUAUAGAGAGUGCUUCGUUUGAUUUGCAGAAACGAUAAUUAUUAGCGAUUAUGCUUAUCAAUCAUUAACGAACCAUUCUCGUAAUCCCAUUGUAAAUGUCAUUCCGUCUCUAUUGUCGAUCAAUCAGAGAUAUAAUAAAAUAAUUCUUCGGCAUGACCCAUAUAUAUAUAUAUAUAUAUAUAUAUAUAUAUAUAUUGUACUACGAAUUGAAUUCGUUUAAAAAUCUUCGGAAGUUUUUGAAAAUCUUCCCCACCUAUGAUUAACGUGUAUCGCGUCGACGUUCUAACGAUCGAACAUUUUGUAAAGCUCUUUUUCUUUUUUUCUUUCUUUUUUUUUUUUUUUUAAUAUUAUGUGUCACUCUUUAAAAUAAUAUUGUGUUUUUCUUUACCUCACCUAUAUCGUAUAGGAUUCAAUAAGAGCUUGCUGAAGAAUGAUUAAUCGUUAGAUCGUCGACUCCUCUUGGAUAGUGUGCCAUGCGUCUUCCUCAAAGAAAUACAAUAAUUAGAAUGUAGACAUCAGAUAUAUAAGCUGACUAGGGUUUGUGCUACCUGCCGACAUUUUGAUCCGUUCCUUUUGAGAUUCUCGCUUAAAUGAAACGAGUAUUUUUCUUUAUAUGCGUUCUUAAUACAUUUUUUUAUAAACCAAUCGAGACCAAUUUCUGUUGACGAUGUGCGAGUAUAAAAAAAAAAUUUGGAAGUAGAAUAACGGGAAUAUUUGUUAUUUUCAAAGGGGGUACCUCGUUCGGUUAAAUUAAAUAUAAGUAUGUUAUUUUGAACGUUUGACGAACAACGGCACAAUUCCUAGUGGUUUAAACUGUGUUUGUUGUUAAGUAAAUAAUAAAAUGAAAGACAAAGUAUGAAGCUCUGUGUAUAUGCGUAUAUGCUCUGUGUGUAAUAAGAUGAGCCAGACUUAUAUCUGCGCAAAACUGAAUUCCUUUUAUCUAAUAGAGAAAAAAAUGAUCGUAUUAUUGAAUGUAUAUCAGUUUACGUUACAUGUAAGCAAGAAAAUUAAGUUGAAGAUUUGUACUUUAUUAUGCAUGAUGUAUAUUAUGCCCGUACAUAACAUUAAUUUGUUAGUUAAUAAAGAUGUUAUUCGAUUAAGGAACCAACCAUGAUAGUUCUUUUUACGAGAAAAUAAAGUCGGAUCAAUUUAAUCGAA